CUUCCUCCUUAGUUAGCACUGAAGAGGCACCAGGCUGAGGAGAGGCUAAGUCUUCGGCACCUUGGGGUCUGCUGAAGAGAGGACUGUUGGCUUUGUGUUCCGGUGUCUCUGAGCUAUGGGAAGCUGGUGCCUACCCAUGCUCGCUGCCCUUGGCGUCUUGCUGGCUGUGUCAGGAUGGGAAGUAACAAAUUCUAAAGCUCCCUGUCCCCACUGCCAUGUCUAUGCUGACUGCCACAAUACCACCCACUGCAUCUGUAAGCCUGGAUUCCAGCCCGCCUCUGGGCCAGGCCCCUUCAUCUGGCCCCAGGAGGCAUGCAAAGACAUUGAUGAGUGCCAGACACAGCAGGCGCGCUGCAGGAAAAAAUCUUACUGCAAGAACAAGAUUGGGAGCUACCUCUGCAGCUGUGUGGUAGCGGUGCCUUGGCUCAACUGGGUGGCCAGCAUCAUUGACAUCGAACAUCCACAGUGUUACAAAGACCAGGGCACAGAGACAGGAGGAACGGCCACGCCUCAAGUGAAUAUUUGGAGAGCUAUGGAUAAAAACGGAAACAGAAAAGACUUUGCGAAGAAUGUCACCCAAAUGCUUCGACGUGUAGAAUUCUUCAUAUGGAAUCAAAGUUCUGAUUUUCCAACAAAAGGAGAAUAUCCGGAGCUUGAUAUAGUCUAUGAAACCAAGAGAUGCGACCAGAAGACUGUUCUGGUAGCUGGAAACAACACAAUGGACAUCGACUGCGCCAGCACCCUCACGGGAUCUGGAAGGGAAGGUGGCGGUAAGGUGGCUCUCAUCACUUACCAGACUCUCGGGAACUUUCUGAACGAAUCCUUCUUCCAUCACAGAAAAGGGAUGCGGGGAGUCAGGCUGAACUCUCAGGUCGUGACUGGCACCCUUGGCUCAGAAGGCAAAAUCCACCUGUCAGACCCCGCACUGCUGACCUUUCAACACACUCAGCAUGGCACCCUGAGAAGAAAGUGCUUGUGUGUGUCCUGGGAAGGAUCCAAAGAAGGGGGCAGCUGGUCCACCGAAGGCUGCUCUCCAGUGAGAAGUAACGAUUCUUACACCACGUGCAAGUGCUACCACCUAUCUAGCUUUGCUGUCCUCAUGGCACUGGCCCCCAAGGCAGACUUCGCCCUGUCUGUGAUCACCUGCGUGGGGCUGAGCGUAUCGCUGCUGUGUCUCCUCCUGGCGGCCCUCACCUUCGUCCUGUGCAGGCCCAUCCACAACACGGGCACCACGCUCCACCUGCAGCUCUCUGUCUGCCUCUUCCUGGCACACUUGCUUUUCCUCACAGGCAUCAACCGAACUGAGCCGGAGACGCUGUGUGCCAUUAUAGCAGGGGUGUUACAUUACCUCUACUUGGCCUCCUUCAUGUGGAUGCUUCUAGAAGGCCUCCACCUCUUCCUCACCGUCAGGAACCUUAAGGUGGCCAACUACACCACCACAGGACGAUUCAAGAAGAGAUUCAUGUACCCUCUGGGCUAUGGAAUCCCAGCUGGCAUCGUGGCUGUGUCUGCAGCAGUUGGACCUAAGAAUUAUGGAACCUUUACCCACUGCUGGCUCAACCUUGAUAAAGGAUUUAUCUGGAGCUUCAUAGGACCCGUGGCAGUCAUUAUCUUGAUAAACUCGGUGUUCUUCUGCCAAAUUCUGUGGAUUCUGAGAAGCAAAAUCGCCUCCCUCAAUAAAGAAGUGUCUACCCUUCAGGACACCAGACUCAUGACAUUGAAAGCCAUCUCGCAGCUCUUCAUCCUGGGCUGUUCGUGGAGUCUUGGCUUUUUCAUGGUGGAGGAAGUAGGGGAGGUGGUUGGCUCGGUCAUGGCCUACUUGUUCACCAUCACCAACGUCCUGCAGGGGGUGUGGCUCUUCGUGGUGCACUGCCUGCUGAACCGCCAGGUGCGGAUGGAAUACAGGAAGUGGUUUAGUGGAAUGCGGAAAGGGGCUGAGGCUGAGAGCACGGAGAUGUCCCAUUCCACCACCCACACCAAAAUAGGGGACCCCGGGAAGUCAUUGGAGUCCAUUCAUGGAGAAGAUACUUGUGUGCCGCUGGCUCCCUCUGGUGGUUGUUGGUGGAUUGUGCUAAUGUGCCUUUCUCGUGAAACACCCAGACUUCCAGCAGCAGGCUGGAAGACCAUUUUUAUCACAGUUAUUAAUGCAUUUUACUGUAUAUAGUUUCUCUGUGAUAUUUUCCAUUCAUUUUUAUGUAUCAUGCUUUGAUCAAGCCUUCUAUUCAUCUCCUCCCCCGCCCUCUACCCCCCCCCAGCGUUUCUCCUUUCCUUCUCCCCAUCCUUUGCUUCCAGUCACCUUCUUCAACUCUAAUAAUUGUUUUUUGGCCUGUCAUGGGGCUUGAACUCUGGGCCUGGGCACUGUCCCUUGGCUCUU